GAAUAGUAGUUUCGCGUGAAAGAUGGAAGAUCAGACGACGGCAAUAGCGGCGGACUCGACAGUCAGGAGUCAGGAUUCAAAUAACAGCAACGACUCCAAGGACACGAAGGUGUCGAAAAUCUCCGUGAGCACGCGAAUAUCUAAAGAUUCAAAAUCCGAGAGCUGCCGUGAGUCGAAGCACUCGAAGGAGGUGCUCAUCGAUUCAAAACCUUAUCAUCAAGGUCGUCAUAAUCACCAGGACCAUCAGCAGCCACGACAGCAAAGUGUUAAAAAGAAACUUAAAGACAAUUCCAAUGUUCUUAUGUUCACGUCCUGUUGCCAAUUAUUAUUAGGCGUGGUGCUGGUGGUACUGGGCGUGCUCGUGUUGGUCCAUGGAGCGUCGUUGGGCAACUCGGGGGCGGGCUUGUGGGCAGGCGCAGGUGCGCUGGUCGCGGGCGCCCUCGGUGUCGUCGCCACCCUAGCCACGACCUCGAGCAGCAGAUCAAGCUCCGGCUUCUCCUCGGCCCACCUCGCUUCUAGCCUCGUGGCCCUCGCCCUAUCCAACAUGGCUGCCAUCACGGCCCUCACGGCAGUCGUACGAGACGCCCAAAGGGCUGCCCCCGAAGCUACGCUACUUACACUCCCGGUUAGUAAUUACUUAAGCUCCCUGUCUUUCCAAGCUUUUCAUCUACAUUAAAAG